GUCAAUCACCAAAAACGAGUGAGGAAGGACCCCAUGAGCCAGGACAGCAAACACCUGGACAUCCUCAUGUCCUCCGUGUUGGCUGCCUUCCUUGCCUUGAUCAACUGAGAAGGAUCCCAAAUUCUUAUUCAAAGUUGUCUCUUUGGCAACAUUGUCUACUCUUCCCCAAACUGUCAUUUCAAGGCUCAAGAGGAACUGUGGGGUUCUUUCCAGUUUUCCUUCUGGGUGUUUCUGGACAUGGGUACCUGUCGUUAAAAUAUUGCCACCUCUACGUACAGGCAAAGAAAAGGCUUGGAGCACCUCAGUCCACGGUGCCAACAGGAGUUGGACAACUCACUAUUUCUCACUUACUACUUGAAGUCGACUAAACAGAAGUUCACAAGACCCUUUCAAGAGUCCAUCCAUCCCACCGUGACCAAGGACAUUUUGCAUGACCAAUGAGUGGCCAGCCCCUGAAGGAGAUGUCUGACUCUCACAGCAGUCCUCUUCUGCCAGAGCCUCUUUCCAGCAGAUACAAACUCUACGAGUCAGGGUUGACCAGCCCUACCUGGCCCUCUAGCCCCCAGGAUACACACCCAGCCCUGCCCCUCCUGGAAAUGCCUGAAGAAAAGGAUCUCCGGUCAUCCAACGAAGAGAGCCACAUCGUGAAAAUCGAAAAGCCCCCUGAAAGGAGUAAAAGGAGAGAAAGCAGGGCUGUGCCCCGGGGCUCCGCAGGGGAUGGGGGCAUCAGCCUCUUCGAAGCAGUGGGCUACCUCACGGGCGAGAUGAAGGAGUGCAGGAGCUGGCUGAAAGAUAAGCCACUGGCCCUCCAGUUCACAGACUGGGUCCUGAGGGGGGCUGCUCAGGUGAUGUUCGUCAACAACCCCCUCAGUGGGUUCAUCAUCUUCAUCGGGCUCCUGAUCCAGAAUCCCUGGUGGACGAUUGCUGGGGGCCUGGGGGCAGUGGUCUCCACCUUAACCGCCCUCGCCUUGAGCCAGGACAGGUCUGCUAUCGCCUCUGGACUCCACGGGUACAAUGGGAUGCUGGUUGGGCUGCUGAUGGCCGUGUUCUCCAAGAAGUUUGACUAUUACUGGUGGCUUCUGUUUCCUGUGACCUUCACCGCCAUGGCCUGCCCAGUUCUUUCCAGCGCCUUGAAUUCCGUCUUCAGCAAGUGGGACCUCCCCGUGUUCACACUGCCCUUCAACAUCGCAGUGACCCUGUACCUGGCGGCCACAGGCCACUACAACCUCUUCUUCCCCACGACACUGAUAGAGCCUGUGUCCGCAGUGCCCAACAUCACCUGGACAGAGAUCAAAGUGCCCUUGCUGCUACAAGCCAUUCCCGUUGGGGUCGGCCAGGUGUAUGGCUGCGACAAUCCCUGGACGGGCGGCGUGUUCCUGGUGGCUCUGUUCAUCUGCUCACCACUCAUCUGUUUGCAUGCGGCCAUUGGCUCAAUCCUGGGGAUGCUAGCAGCCCUGACAGUGGCCACGCCCUUCGAGGUGAUCUACAUGGGCCUCUGGAGCUACAACUGCGUCCUGUCCUGCAUCGCCAUCGGAGGCAUGUUCUACGCCCUCACCUGGCAGACCCACGUGCUGGCCCUCGUCUGCACCCUGUUCUGCGCAUACAUGGGAGCAGCCCUGUCCAACAUAAUGGCAGUGGUUGGCGUGCCACCGGGCACCUGGGCCUUCUGCCUCUCCACCCUCAUCUUCCUGCUCCUGACAACCAACAACCCCGCCAUCUACAAGCUGCCCCUCAGCAAAGUCACCUACCCGGAGGCCAACCGCAUGUAUUACCUGACAGUGAGAAGCAGUGAAGAAGAGAAGGCCCCCAGCGGCGGCAGCGGGGAGCCACCAGUCAGGACAAGCCCCGAGGCCGAUGAGGGCUCAGAGGCCGUGCUCCCCAAGCGCAGGAGUGUGUUCCACAUCGAGUGGUCAUCCAUUCGGAGGAGGAGCAAAGUGUUUGGGAAAGGUGACCACCAGGAGAGACAGACCAAAGACCCUUUCCCCUACCAGUACCGGAAGCCCACUCUCGAGUUGCUGGACCUGGACCCCAUGGAGGAGAGCGCAGAGAUCAGGGCGGACCCCGGCAGCGCCAGGACUGCCUGGAUCCGCGGUUACGCGGCGGCCUGCAGGAGGAGGGUCGGCAAAGCCCUCAGUUAUAUCUCGGGAGAGAUGAAGGAGUGCGGAGAAGGGCUCAAAGACAAGUCCCCCGUGUUCCAGUUCCUGGACUGGGUCCUGCGGGGCACAUCCCAGGUGAUGUUUGUGAACAACCCCCUCAGCGGCGUCCUCAUCGUCCUCGGCCUCUUCGUCCAGAACCCCUGGUGGGCCAUCUCGGGCUGCCUGGGCACCGUCGUGUCCACACUGACGGCCCUCGUCCUCAGUCAGGACAAAUCGGCCAUCGCUGCAGGACUUCAGGGCUACAACGGGGUGCUGGUGGGGCUGCUGAUGGCUGUGUUCUCGGACAAAGGCGACUAUUACUGGUGGCUUUUGCUCCCCGUCAUCAUUAUGUCCAUGUCUUGCCCCAUCCUCUCCAGCGCCCUGGGCACCAUCUUCAGCAAGUGGGACCUCCCGGUGUUCACGCUGCCCUUCAACAUCGCCGUGACCCUGUACCUGGCGGCCACCGGCCACUACAACCUCUUCUUCCCCACGACACUGCUGCAGCCUGCAUCCGCUGUGCCCAACAUCACCUGGGCGGAGGUCCAAGUGCCCUUGCUCUUGAGAGCCAUCCCCGUUGGAAUCGGCCAAGUGUACGGCUGCGAUAACCCCUGGACCGGAGGCAUUUUCCUCAUAGCUCUGUUCAUAGCUUCACCUCUCAUUUGCCUGCACGCUGCGAUUGGAUCCACCAUGGGGAUGUUAGCAGCUCUCAGCCUCGCGACCCCCUUCGACACCAUCUACUUCGGCCUGUGCGGCUUCAACAGCACGCUCGCCUGCAUCGCCAUCGGGGGCAUGUUCUAUGUCAUCACCUGGCAGACCCACCUCCUCGCCAUCGCCUGCGCCCUGUUUGCAGCCUACCUGGGUGCCGCCCUGGCUAACAUGUUAUCUGUGUUUGGACUGCCAACCUGCACCUGGCCCUUCUGCCUCUCCGCGCUAACCUUCCUGCUCCUGACGACCAACAACCCCGCCAUCUACAAGCUUCCGCUCAGCAAAGUCACCUACCCGGAGGCCAACCGCAUGUAUUACCUGUCCCAGGAGAAAAACAGAAGACCGUCAACCGUAACAAAGUACCAGGCCUAUGAUGUCUCCUAAGUUGCCCUUUCCAAAACACGUCACUAGAAAUUGAACCUUUAGCAUGCCACACAUGUCCCCAGGCCGAAGGCCACCUGACCUCCUCUUCUAUCUGUUCUGCGAUUCCCCACCCCCAGAGCAGGCCUAACCCCACUGACUCCCAAGCACAGGGAGAUACUGUGUGGUCCCCACUCAGGAACCUCUCCGUUCUAAGAAGCGCAACACUCAUCAAAGGUACGGUGGGUUUAGACUUUGCACAGCUCACUCCAUAGGAGUUUCCCUUAAUGGGAAUAUUCCUUCUUUGGCAAAAUAAGCCACAUCCCCAAAGAAAACUCACCAAGAAGGAGAGAGAGGUUGGUGACAUGGUCAUCCAACUCAGUCACCCAAUGCAGCAACGCACAGUGUCAGGAAACACACAUUAGACUAGAAGAGGAAGGGCUGGUUCUGCCCCAGCUCUGACACUAAUGAAUUCCUGCCGCCCCAGGUGAGAACACCCUCUGUCUCUCUCAGCCUCAGUUUCUUACUGGUUUCACGACAGGGAGGGACUCGGUCAUCCCCUCCACCUUAGCAGUGUUGAUUCAUAUCGCCCUCUCUCUCUUUAUUUCUCUCUCUCUCUCCCCCCGUAAACUGAUAAAAUCAGCAUGACCAACAAGGACUCCCUGAGAGUUGAGUGAGAGAUGGAAGGGUUACCUGGGGGAGGGGCAGAACAGUUUUAACGAUCUGUGGAGAUUUAUUCUGGAGUCGUGAGAAGAUGUUCUCCAGACUUGGGGUUAGGAACCUGAUUCACUGGAAAUGCCAACGUGUCUUUCUUCACAUAGCAGAAACACUUCUGGAAAUGUCAUAAGAUGAAAAGUGAUCUUUUUCAACAUUCAAAUCAUAUUUUCAACAAACGCAUUCCUUUUUGUAAUAGACGUAAACAACCUCUCAUUAAACUGUUAAGUUUACAA